CCGGUCGUUGAAUGGAGCGGGUGUGGAGACGCGUACAAGGUGCCGGGCGUCGCGGUGCCGCAGCUCGCUGUGGCUGCCCUGUACAGCCGUGUCAGCUGCACGUGGAUCAACGCGCGAAACGCGGUGGCGGACGAAAAUCUCGCGGCGGGCCACAGACGAUCGUGUGUGGUUGUCAGGUGCAGCCAUGCCCAGUGCAUCCGGUACUGAUUAGGGUUCGUCGUACCCGACCCGCGGUUCCCAACUGUGACUGUCCACCGGAAUCCCAGCCGUGCCCGCACGCACCGCGUACGUCGGCUGUGCGAAGGAUUCGAAGAUGCGACUGUCCGGAGCGGCCCUGUCGACAUUUCGCUCUCAGUGGUGGCACACGACAUCGAGUGCUGGUGCAAGCGUCUUCACCCACUUUCUCCCAGGCGAGCCAGUCGAAUCAACAACAACAGCAGCAGCAGCAGCCGUGCGAGUGCGUCGACAGAGCAAACUGCACUCACACAGGGGGUGGCGAGUGCGAGUGCGGGGAAGAAGUGAAACCGUGUUCGCACACGGCCAGGCAACGCCGGUCGCGUCGCGCGUGCGAUUGCAGCGGGAGCGGGUCGCAACCGUGCACGCAUAAGCCACAGCACGAGGGCAGGAUAAAGCGUGUUAAGUGCCGCGUGAGGCGCGCCGGUUGCGCUAUGGCCAGGUGCACCGCAGAACUCGCGAUGCUGCACCUGCACUGGGGUCUCGCCACCGAAUGUGCGCCCUGCAGACCGCGCGCACUCACGCGACGGCUCUGCAGGAGGCAGCAAAGCGACAACGAGCUCUACAGAAGCAACAGCUUCAAGUUCGAGCGAUUCGAAAGGAGCAAGGACGAGUGCACCACACCGCUGCGGAAACAGCACGACGUGGUGCUUUCUGUUAGUGGAUGCCCUAUCUUAAUUAAUUACUGCGUGCCAGGAAGAACUUAA